AUGCUUUUCAGUCUCAAGCCCACUCUCUUUCUAGCUCUGGCUCUCACUGCAGUUGCUAGCCCCAUCGCCAACCCAACGGCCGAUGAGCCUAGUACUCUUGUUGCCCGCGGCCGCGCGAAGAUCAAAGAUGUCAACUGCGGCGGAGAGAUUUUAACCAAAACGGACAUCAGCAACGCCAUCAGAGAGUCCAAAAAUCCCAGUGGUGGGAUAUAUCCAAAGCCUUUCAUGAACUACGAUGGCUUCUUUGGUGCCUCCAAUAUGCAAGAGUAUCCGUUGAUCCCGGGUGGUACAUAUACGGGAAAUGGCGCACCGGGAAAGUACCGGGUUAUCACGAAUGGGAGUAACCAGUAUGUGGGGUCGGUGUAUCAUCCUACGCUUACGGGCAAUACUUUCAAGAAGUGCAAUAAUAUUGCGGACAGUCCUACCACCACGACUACCACCACGACUACUACCAGGGCCACUACCACGGCUACUGCGAAGGCUACUACAAAUGAUAGUGGCAACUCCUCUGGCAACUCUGGCAACUCUGGCAACUCUGGCAACUCUGGCAACUCUGGCAACUCUGGCAACUCUGGCAACUCUGGCAACUCUGGCAACUCUGGCAACUCUGGCAACUCUGGCAACUCUGGCAAUCGCUCUGGCAGCAAGUCCAGCAAGUCUAGCAAGAAGCCCAGUACCAAGACCGGUUCCCACUAG